CUGGGGAUGCAGCUGCUCCUUGUCCACUUGACCACUGCUUCAUGUAGUCCUCUAAGAUAUCUAUUUUACCACACAGGCCGCUCCAAGUUCUGCUUAGCUUAAAGAAAACAGAGAAAGGCAGGGAGGGCGGGAGUCCUCCGCAGGAUUUCCGCGCAACUUGCCCACAGCGAGCCGCCGGCAGCGUUUGCGCAUGCAGGGAAGUUGCUUGUUCGGAAUCCACGCGCACCGUCCAGGACUCCCGCAGACAUGCAGAUAUCCAGCGCGACGCUGAUCCGAGCAGGCGCCCUCUUCGUGCGUGGGAAAUGACUCCGACCGCCGGUGAUCUUUCCACGAUGGUGAGGAGAUGCCCCGUCACUUUCAAGCCGUUCAGGAUCUUUGUAGUGGGUGUUGGCUUCUUCAGCCUGUGCUUUCUAAUGACCUCUUUUGGGGGCCAGUUCUCAGCCAAGCGACCCGGAGACUCCCCCUUCACCGUGAGGGCUGAAGUUCUCGGAGGGCAGGAGUCCCGCGGGGUUCUGAGGAAGAUCAGUGACACGCUGGAGGUGAUCAUGAAGAGGAUGGACGCUCUGUCUAAACUGGGAAACGCCACAGACAGCCACCGGCUCGAGGAGCUCAGCUCCGCUCUGGACAGGAUUCAGCCUGUCGGGUUGGUGGAGCGGAUCCAGGCCAUAGCGCAGAACAUGUCGGACAUGGCGGUACGGGUGGAGCAGAUCCUGCAGCGCAGCAUCACCACCAACAGAGCCAAAGAUGGGGCUUUUGGACAGUGCGAGAUUCCCAAGGAUCCCCGUUACCCAGACUGCACCAGCAAGAUGGAUUGGAUGCGUGCUCGCUGGACCUCAGACCCUUGCUAUGCAUUUUACGGCGUGGACGGCUCGGAUUGCUCGUUUCUCGUCUAUCUGAGUGAGGUGGAGUGGUUCUGCCCCCCACUGGUGUGGAGGAACCAGACCUCUACUCCCACCUUGAAGCCUCUCGCCAGGAAGGAGGCUGUUUUCCAGUCGGACAUUGGGGCCCUGCUGGAGCAGGUCGGCACUGGGAAGGAGUCCCUGAGCUUCAUGAAGAGACGCAUACGCAGACUGGCAGCGCAGUGGGCUUCUGCAGCUCGACGGCUGGAUGAAAAGCUGCGCAGCCACUGGAGAGACCAAAAGAAAAUUCUAGUCCAUAUCGGUUUCCUGACAGAGGAGUCUGGAGACGUGUUCAGUCCCAAAGUGCUGAAGGGCGGUCCUCUGGGCGAGAUGGUGCAGUGGGCCGACAUUGUCACAGCUCUGCACGUUCUCGGACAUAACGUCAAGAUCUCAGUGUCCCUGAAGGAGCUGCAUGGGUUUUUAGGUGUCCCUCCUGGUCGAGGUAGCUGUCCCCUCACUGGAGCUCUGCCCUUUGACCUCAUCUACACCGAUUACCAUGGCUUGCAGCAAAUGAAGCAGCACAUGGGUCUGUCACUGAGGAAGCACAAGUGCCACAUCCGAGUCAUAGACACCUUCGGCACCGAACCGGCCUACAACCACGAGGAGUACGCCACGCUUCACGGCUACAGAACAAACUGGGGAUACUGGAACCUUCAUGGGCAGCAGUACAUGACCAUGUUCCCCCACACUCCAGACAACUCCUUUAUGGGUUUUGUGGCAGAGGAGUUGAAUGAGACGGAGCGACUGUAUAUUCAAAGGAACAAGGUCAACAACAUGGCUGUUGUGUAUGGAAAAGAUGCCAGCAUGUGGAAGCUGCAAGACAAAGAAAAGUUCCUCGCCGUUCUGAAUCGCUACAUGGAAAUUCACGGGACGGUUUACUAUGAGGCGCAGCGCCCACCGGAGGUUCCGGCAUUCGUGAAGAACCACGGGCUGCUGCCUCAGCAGGAGCUCCAGCAGCUCCUCAGGAAGGCGAAGUUAUUCAUCGGAUUUGGCUUCCCCUACGAAGGCCCCGCCCCUUUGGAGGCAAUUGCAAACGGCUGCAUUUUCCUGCAGCCCAAGUUCAACCCGGCCCGGAGCUCGCUCAACCACGAAUUCUUUAGAGGAAAGCCCACCUCCAGGAAGGUUUCCUCCCAGCAUCCAUAUGCAGAGCAAUACAUCGGCAAGCCCCACGUCAUCACCAUUGACUACAAUAACUCGGAAGAGUUUGAUGCAGCCAUCCGUGAGAUCAUGAAGAUCAAUGAUUUUUGUUCCCCCGAGGUCCCGUUUCCUCCGGUAAACUCCUCUGAGGCUUUGCUUGAAAGACUUUUCAUCCGCCAGCCGGACUCCAGAGUCCUCAGCUGGGCCUCCAGCAGCAUGUCCUUCCCAGCGUGGCCUCCUCUCGCUGCUCUGCGCCUCCUGACGUCCCUGCAAGGCCAGUCAUGCGUGGAGGCGUGUCAGAGCAAAGGCCUGAUCUGUGAACCUGCCUUUUACCGCUUCAUCAACAUUAAGGAGGCCUUCAGCGCGCUGGGUUUCCAGUGUGAAGGAGUGGAGUCGGAGAUGAACCACCUCUUCCCUGCCUUCUCCACAGAACACGGGGAAUGUUGCCUCCAAGUGGAUCCCCUUCUGUUCAGCUGCGCUGGUUCUAGUGCCAAGCACCAGCGCCUUUGUCCCUGCAGGGACCAUCGGGAGGGACAGGUGGCGCUAUGCAAGGAGUGUUUAUGACCAGAGGAGAGCCUGCUGGAGAAUGACAGUUUUGCAUUAGUUGUAAAAAAGAAAAAAUGACCAUCUUUUAUGAAGGAUUCGCAGUAUGAAAGUGUAAUGCAUAAACAAUGAUUGGAUUCACUUACCUCAGAAGUAGAAGUGGCUGCAAAUGAAGGGUAAGUAUUACAUAAUCUCAGGGAACUGCAUGAUUGUGCUCUGAAUCUGAUAGGUUUGAAUUUUCUGUUUGCAAUUUCCCAUGACUGCAAAAGGAAAAAAUAUCAGAACUGUUUUGGGUUUUUUUUAGAUUCAGUGUUGUGUGAAUAAAAACUGUGCCAUCGUGGAGUUUGAAUAUUUGUAUUUGAUGCACCCAAAGCCAUUUACACAAAGUGAAGAUGUGCUAUUUUACAUUUUCUGUGAUUAAUAUAUUUAUAUUUCAAUGUUCUUUAAUAAAAUGAGAAGAAACAAUGCUAUUUCCUAUGCAAGUGAAUUUAAAUGUUUUGCACGCUAUUCAUUUUAGCAUUAAAACAAAGAAAACACAAAUUACACCAACAGAAUUUAACGAGUUGAUUUUGGCAGCUUGUAAAGUACUAGAAAGCCAACUGGCUCUCAUUAUUAAAGCAAAAUUAAAUGCCAUGUUUUCCACACUAUAGAGCUCUACGUGUUAUAAGGCACACUGUCAGUAAAUGGUCUAUUUUUGAACCUAUGUCAUAUACAAGGCGCUCUGAACUAUAAGGAUAUUCACAGUAACUCUACAUUUUGUUUGUAACACACUACAUGUUGCAACACUUUAAAAAAAAACUAGACUGAUAUUGCUAAAACAAAUGUUACUGUGAUUAUGCUAUCUCCAACUUUGUUUAUUACACGUAAAAUAAGAGUCUGACACUGCUACAUGUUAACUGCGUUAGAAGUAUUGGUCUUUUUUUUUUUUUAAUUCACACAAUAUCUGUAAUUUUCAACCUUGUUUGCAACUCAAAAAAAAAUACAGAAAUAUACGUCUAUAACAAACAUUACUGUGACUAUGCUAACUCCCACCCUUGUUGCUAACACGUGUAAACAGUCUGAUACAGCUACAGCAAACUUUACUGUGACAACUCUGACUCUCAACCUUGGUAGUAAAAAAAAAAAACACGGUCUUACACCGCUACAUGCUAGCCGUGUUAGCGUAUACGUUGUAUGGAAGUCGUAAAGAAACAGUCCCACACCACUACGUUUGCUGCGUUAGCCUAUUCACAAUGCUUGUAACUACUUGCCUUGUUUGCAAAUUAUGCUUUUUUUCUUUUAAAUUGAAUUAAGUUUUUUUUGUUUUUUUUAAUAUACUUUUAUGUUAUGUUAGACUUUUAUAGCUUGCUAUUUACAAAUUGAUAAGUACAUUUUUAUAUUUACCCACAUGGAGCAUCAGACCAGUUGAAACCAUUAAUGGAAGCUUUAGGGACCUAAUCUGUCGUUUUCCACUGGAAAAAGCUAUGAAUUAUCUUGUUGAAACAUGGACACUGACCACUCAAGCAGUACGUUUGGUGAAGACGACCACUUAAGGCAUUGUGGAUCAUGGAGGGUUCUUCUGUCCUGUCAGACAUUUUACAGGUGUUUGGCUCUCAUGGCGGAGAUCCAGAGCACUCACUACGAGUCUGAUCCAACUUUUUAUUAAAUUGACUAAAUUUUAUUUGAAACUUUUUGGUCACUUUCUUCGACAUCAACAAGGUUAGCGAUUGUAACCUCACAUAACUAAACCCCCCAGAAAUACACGCUAUAAAAAGCGUUACUGUGACUACGCUAACUCCCAACAUUCGUUAAAAACACAUGUAAGAAUACACGUAAGAAAACCAGACUAAAAAAUGUGACGUUACUGUGACUAUGCUAACUCCCAAUGUUGUUGCAAUAAAAAAAAAAAGUCUGACAGUACUAAAUUUUAACUGGGUCAGAAGUGUUGGGCAUGUUAACAUAUUCAUAAUACCUGUAACUUUAACCUUGUUUGCAACUCAAAACCCCCCAGAACUGUACUGCUAUAACAAACGCUUCUGUGACGGCGCUAACUCCCAACCUAGGUUGUAAAAACACAACAAAUAAACAGUCUGAUACUGCAACACGCUAGCUGUGUUAGCUAAUUUACAAUAACCCCAACCUUUAAUGUAAGUCGUACAAAAAAAAUCCAACACCACCACAAUUUGGUUGCAUUAGCCAACAUGUUGCUAAUACAGUAGCAACAUAUUAGCUACUGCAUGAACAUAUUGAGAACACCUCUAACUCCCAACCUUGUUUACAACAGAAAAAAAACAGACUGAUAUCGCUAAAACAAAUGUUACUGUGACUACACUAACUUCCAACCAUGUUGAAAUCACAUAAAUAACAGUCUUACACUGUUACACUAUGUCACUAUAUUUACAAUUACACCCAACCUCGUUUGCAGUUCAUUAAAAAAAAACAGACUGUAUGUAUAUACCAUAUGUAAUGUGUUCCAGAUUAUAAGGACUCCUUUGAAAAAAGUCACUGCUUUUAGGUGAACCUUAUAGUGGGGAAAAUAUGUUAAAUAAAAUAACAAAAAAAAAUGUUGUUUUUUUUGUCCAAGACUGCGUAUACAAACUGUCAGUAUUGUAAUAUGUUGCACUGUGCAUUACAAAUUUAAUAUCGAAUGAACAGAACAGAUUGUUUUUGGGAUCAAGUGUCAGCUUUAAAAGCCCGAGCAGUUGUGACAAAGACGGAGGAGAACUUUAAUCCUCUCCCUCUGAAGUGUCAGAACCACUGUGGCAAACAUGUGGUAACAGGUGAUGAAAUAACUGAUUUCCAUACUUGCCAAAAUGAAAUUUGAGACUACUAUAUUACUCCUGGGUGAAGUUUCAUGUUAUUGCAAAGUGACCUUUGAUUCAGGUGUGAUUUACCAGCAUUGUGUUUCAGCGUGAUAAAACUCAUUUUAUCAUGAGUCACUGCAACACUGCAGCUCAUAUCUGAGUACAGGUUCCUUUAAUCCUACUUUCCCACUGCUGCUGUUGGAAAUAAUAACAUGAAGCUCCACUGCAGCGAGGAAGAAAACCAUAAUCAAGUAAAUGUCAUUAUUGCUCAUUUUACAAAUUAUAAAAUUGAUAGUUUAUUGUACCAAGAAAUGAAAUUAUGUUCUAAUUUAGAUUAUGUUCUAUUUCACAAACCAUUGGCUAAUUUUCAAACGAAUCCUUUUAUAAUCCUUUGAUGCAUGUGAUUAUUUACAUUUCCAUUAUUCUACUCAUUAAUCACACUUUUGGAUGCCUAAAAACCAUUGGCUGCUUAAGCCUCUGCAGUCUCUGAAUUCAUCGACUGCACCGACCACCCAUUUAUAUAGUUUGCAUUCAAAAUUUAAUAUGAAGGUUUCAAAAAAGUUUUUCGCUUUUGGUUUGAAACAAACAUAACAAGAGUUAUGACACAUAAUUGUGAUACCCAGGGGUGGAGCUAAAGGGGGACAGCUGCCCCCCAAUCUUUGAGCCAGUUUUAGUAUCAUUGUUGAUAAAGAUUAAGAAAUCAUCAUUACAAGCUUCUUUAAGCCGUGCAAAAAUGUCAAAUCAAUAUUUUUGGACUAAACCUUGAGCCCUUCAACUUGUUUCGGCCCUGUAUUGCGUAUGCUGGUCUAUCCUGGCUCCAUUUGCCACCCUUCCAGAGUCAUCUGCCCUCCCCUUAGAAAAUGUUCUAGCUCCACUGCAGAUAAGACUCCUUGGAACUUUGAGUGGAACUUUUCCAACUUUUUAAAAACAUUUUUUGCUAUGUUUUGACUGCUUUCUUUUUAGAUUUAUAAAUUUUUAUUUUGAAACACUCUUAUGAUUUUAUUAGUUAAAAAAUGACAUAAUUUACUACUCCGAAUUAAACUUUUUUGGAUAGUUUCAGGUUCAUUAUGGAUGUGACAGCCCUGGGUUGUGUGAGUGUGUUCCUGGUGCAUGCCCUAUUUCUCCUCCUCCUGCACAGGUGCAGGUGCUCGGUAAUGAGAAGAUGGAAAUAAAAGAUCCGCCUUAGGCUCUUCGUGGUGAGAUCGGCCUCUGGUCUUCUCCUUGACAUAGACUUUGCUGCAGCGCUGCUCUGAGUCACCAGGCUUCCUUAAAUGCCCUUUUCUAUUGCUUUACACUCCAUUCGCAAACAUACACUAUCACACCCAGACACCUUCACACUUCAUGUUAUUAUGCUGUUUAUUCUUUAUGCCCAUUAAAUACUUUGUGUCUGUUGAAGUUUGCUUUCGUCUUCUUUGUUAUAGGUGACUAUAACAAAUUGGGGGCUCGUCCAGGAUUUUUGUUUAAUUUAUUGAAAAAUAUAUGUAAAAAAAAAAAA